AUGACUCUAAUGAUGCUACAUUUGAACCACAGACAAGGUGAGGGUCUGGGGAGCUCCAGAAAUGGUAUUGCAGAUCCAAUAAUGGCGGGUAAUGUGAAAAAAGACCACUUGGGGGUUGGCGCUCACCAGCCUGGAGAGGUAACUCCUGAUGAUGACAUAUACGAGCAGUACAAGAAGCGGAUGAUGCUUGGCUACCGCUUCAGACCAAAUCCUCUGGUAUAA